UCCAACAGCCAUGUAAACAACACAAUGGAGAUGGCCGAGGAUUUGGCUGAUUACGUCCACAAAUUGAAGGUGUCAGACGACCUCUUCAAGGAUAUUAAGUUCUACGCGACAGGAAAAAUUCCAGAUGAGGUUUUAAAGCUGUUGACCGAUGGAGGAGCCAAGCAAGAUGCACACAUCACAGAUUUCAUGACCCAUCUUAUCACAGGAGAAGAUCCCAAUGAGAAUGAUGUGGGAGUUGUAAAAGAUAUAUACGAGAAACCUGUUGUUACACAGCGAUGGGUCAUACUUUCAGUCAAGUGUGGGAAGCAACUGCCGGUAGAAGGCUUCAACCCUGAGAACAAUCAAAUGUUUUCUGGUGUGAUUGCUAGUAUAUCAAAACUAGGAAAAGAAGAUGCUCUUGCAAUUUGGGCUAUGAUAACAUUUUCAGGAGGUCAGUUGAAACUUAAAUUCGACAACUCCUGCACUCAUCUUAUUAUUGGAAAACCAGAGGGGGCAAAGUAUAAAACAGCACUUGAAUAUGAAGACAAUCUCAGCAUUGUGACUCCUGACUGGGUGACUGAGUCAAUAGCAGAAGGGGAAAGAUUAGACGAGACAGAAUACCACCCAAGGCUGCUAAGACUGCCCAAAUCAGAUUUAAUGCAUACACCACAGCCCAGUAUAGUGAGAGAGCGAAAAAGGAAGGAUACAUCUCAUCAUCAGAAAAAUGAGGAGUUGAAGAAGAAGGAAGAACCAAAGAAAAAGGAGGUAGAAAAGAAGUCACUCUUUGAUACUUUACAAUUUAGUGAUGACGAGGAAGAAAGUACCAAAGGUAACUCUCUACUUGAUCAGCUGAAGACUCCCCAGUCUUGGAAACAGCCAAGUACCAAGCCAACAGUAACAACAAGAGCUUCAGCUAGUACUACUUUUGGCUCUCCAGUAGCUCAUGACAAGCCUAGAGCUCCUUUGACAGCACCAAUCUCCAUAACAAAUCCACCACAGACAGUAACAACUCGAUCAGUCACCCCUCAGCCCAGCCCAGCACCCAAGGCCAUUGCUCAGACCACAGCUGCAGGUUUGCGACAGGUAGCAACUCCACCAACCACAGAACUGGCUGACCAGUCAGAAUCUGAUGCAAAUCCAAUAAGACCAAUUUCAGCACAAGGACUACGUGCUGGACUUCAACAGACUACAGCAUCUUUAGGUCCUACCAUGAGCAUGGGACCAGCACAGACCCCCAAUACACGUUCCUCUGCACAGUUAGAGGCACCAUCUCAUGCAAACACAACAUCUGUGGCUCAGACAGCCCAAGGCAAUGUAGCUCGUGCAACUCCUCCAAUACCAUCACGUGUCACCCCACCAAAUACAUCUCGUGCUACUCCUCCUAACACUGCCCGUGCUACACCACCUAACAAUGCUCUUAGAGUUACACCACCUAAUGCCUCUCGUGCAACCCCACCUAGUACCUCAAGAGCUACCCCACCAAACACUUCAAGAGAGACUCCUCCAGCACGCACCACCCCAACACCCCCUAUGUCUUCUCGUGCAACUCCCCCUUCCACCACUCAUACACCAUCACCAGUUACCUCUCGUGCAACACCACCAUCCACAGCUAGAGCAACUCCUCCUGUGAUUUCAAGAGGGAAUCCUCCUGUGGUUGGGCCUGUUGGGCCCAGAGUUCCUGCAAUGCCACUAACAGUGACUAACCCAGGUGUUCGAGCUCCAGGAGCAGUGUCACAAGUGGCUCCAGGGGAAAUUCCAAUACCUAACAUGCCACAACAGGUUCAUACCGUUGCUAUCCCAGGGGCAGUUGUUAGACUUCCACAAGGAGUUACCCCACGCAAGUUACAGAUGAUGACUCCAACAGAACGGCACUCUUUCCUGCAAAACCUCCAUCAAAAACAAUUACAGGAACAGCAGUCUAGGGGAAAACCUCGUGCUGGAAAGCCUCCUGGUCCACAGACUAAAUUUCUGUUACAGUAUAAACAGGGUGUAAGGUAUGCUGCAACUGGUAUCCAUACACCAGGUACCCCAGCAACACCUGGCACACAAGUUUCCUCAUGGCCUGGCACAGGUCAGGGAACACCAGUUGUAAGACCAGCAAUGGCUGGCAGUGGCCCAGGAACUAUAGCUGUUUCUUAUCAAUCUGGGCAGGUGCAAGGGCAGACUCCUGGAGCUCCUCAGGUUGUUACAGCAGUUACCCCAGGUGAAGGUGUGCGACCAGGAUGGCCUGGACCAGGACAACAGCAAUACCCAGGAGGUCAGCCACAACCAGGUACAAGAGUUGUUGUAGGUCAAACAAGUUGGCAACAGCAGCAGCAACAACCAGGUAUUCGUGCUCAGGCUCCAGCUACUCCAGGACAACAGCCAACCUCUCAGACAUUGUUGCCACAACAUGUACAACAAUUACAACUGCAGAUUCAGCAGUUAUGCCAGCAGUUCCCUCAUCUUACACAGCAAGAUGCUUCACAGUUAAUCCCUCGCAUUCCAGCUCAUUACCGUCAGAUUCAGCAGUUAGAUAAUGCUCAGCGAAGUGAGUAUUUAGCACAGCUAGAACCCAAAGAGAAGCAAGUUGUUACUUAUUUCUUUCUAAGAAAGCAGCAGCAGCAGUUAUUCCAACGCCAUCAACUGCUACAGCAGCAGCAACAACAACAACAACAGCAGCAGCAACAACAGCAACAGCAACAGCAACAACAACAACAGCAGCAGAUACAGAAAGUAGGUACUCCUCAGCAGUCUCCUCAUAACUGGCAACAACAACCACAACAGCCAGGGCAGCAGCCUGCCCCACAAGCAGCUGUUCAGGGUGGUCAGUAUCCACCCAUGUCACCCCAUGGAAGGCCACUACCAGGACGUCCAAUGCCUCAAGGUUAUCCAGGAUGUCAACCUGGUGGUGUAGUAUCACCAGGUCAAGGGUCACCUCAUAUGGUACCUGGAGGCCAGCUGACUCCACAACAACAACUUACGCCACAUGUUUCACCACUGGCAUCUCCUCAUGGACAUUCACCUAUUCAUAGGGGAGAUGGAACUCUUAUGGGUCAUCCAGGAGCUAUUCAGGGAUCCCCAGUGCCACAGAACCUUGUGAAUCAACAGAACUUGGUUAAUCCAAAGACAAAGACUGCUUUGGCUAUUCAUCUAACUAACAGAGGAGUGAUAUCACAAGGCCCACAAGGGCCCAUUGAGGUUCCACCACAUGUAGUACAGAAGCCUGGCAUACCACAAGAAGCUGUUCAAGGUCCAGGAGGAGAGCCUGUAAUGCUGUACCAACGUAGAGCACUUGGAAAUAUUACGGGAUCAGUGACAAACAACUUAGUACGUCCUCCAGCCCAAGGUGCUCCAGUUGGUAUUGUUGGAGCCCAUGGGUAUCCCAGGCCAGCUCCUCCUCCUCAUCCUGCUGCAGCUACCCCACCUAUGGCGCCAACUACUUCACAUUAUCCUCGGCCUCAUCUUGUUGGACAUGAUAUCAACAUCAUGUUACCACGUGAGCUCUGCCUGGUUGGAUGUGUCUUCUACAUUGCUGACUACCAUGGAGAAGUAACAGUGGAGACACUGCAUGCCUGGAAGAGGGUCAUUCAACAGCAUGCUGGAGAGGUUGUUCCGAUCUAUGACUCUGCACGGGUUACUCACCUUCUCUGCAAACACCAGAAGUCACCAGUGUUUAUGCAAGCAGUGCGUGAAAAUAAACGCUGCAUUACCAUAUUUUGGCUGAAUGAUGUUCUUCUCAGAGGAAAAAUGGCUCCUCCAUGGCAGGCUAUACACCUCCCUACUCCAUUUGGAAAUGAUAACAAGCCUUGCAAAGAUCUCAUCGUUAGUGUCAGUGGAUUUGAGAAUGAAGAAAGAACCAUCAUCAAGUUAAUGCUACAAUUGGUAGGGGCCAAAUAUACAGGUUAUUUUUCAAAACAUAACAGCCUGCUGAUCUGCAAGAGGUUGGAAGGAGCAAAGGUAGCCAAAGCAAAAGAAUGGAAGCGUCCUGUCGUGAAUGGUGUGUGGCUAAGCGAGGUGUUGUUAGGGCAAAACACACCUCCACUAGUCUACCAUGGGACACGUUAUCAGCAUUACUUGGAUGAUCCUCUCCGCAUAGAUCCUUCACUCGCAUCUCAUCUUUUUAAUGCCUGGAAAUACCACAUAAGUGUUUCUAAAGAAUCUGUUGAAAAGGCCAAGGCAAUGAGGGAAAUGGCAUUAAGAAAGAGAAAAACAGAGGCAGAUGGGGACCAAGAGAACAAACGUGCUUGUCUUGAGCCACCUCCAGCUCCACAUCUAGGAUCCACUCCUUCCCAAACUCCAACACAACCCACAGCACCUUCCCAGUUACCCAGCACACCCACUGGUGGCCCACCUCAAACAUCCUUACCCUCCAUUAGUGGCUUUGGAGGCCCACUGACUAUAAUUAACAAAGAACUCCCUCCAGAACAACACAGACCUCGCAUUUUGUUAUCAAGUAUAAAAAAUAAGGAAGAAAUUGAAAGGAAAUUGCUUGAAUUAGGUGGUUACUUGGCUAAGACAAGCAUUGAAGCCACUCAUUUAGUUAUGGGGAUAGGCACUGCUCAGAGAACUGUAAAAUUUAUGUGUGCAAUAUCUUGCUGUAAAUAUGUAUUGACUCUGCAGUGGAUCUUGGAUUCCCAUGCAGAAGCAAAAUUCUUACCGGAAGAAAAAUACAUUGUGGAGAUGCCAGAAUAUGAGCGUGUUUUCCAGUUCAGCCUGAAAUCCACCUUGAUGAAGCCAAAUAGACGACACCUAUUUUCAGGAAAGACUUUUUAUCUAACUCCUUCAGUUAUCCCGGGUAGAACCUGGUUACGGGAAAUUAUUGAGUGUGCAGGUGGAACUGUGGAGAGUAAAAGGCGCACACUAAAGGAAAUUAAAGAAAGAAAUAAGGAUGGUGCUCAUCAGUAUUUGACUAUUGCUACAAUAGCUGAUAGUCAUCUGGUGCGUGAUCUUCUACAAGAAGAGAUGCCUGUGUUUAAUGCUGAAUUCGUCCUUGGAUCAAUCUUAAAGCAACAGAUUGAUGUAAAAAUGGCACUCUAUGUCGAUGAAGAAUAGGUAAAAUAGCAAAUCCAUGAAAAAGGAUGAUACGCAAUAUAAAGAAUUGACAUUAAGGCUUUGUUUUGAUAAUUGUAUACUGUAUUAAUGAAUACAGGAAAGCUGCAUUGAACAUUAAUUUCAAGUGUUGACUUUUAACCCAUUGGUGCUAUGUAACUGCACUAUCCAUUGUAGUUUCGUUAGUGAAUUCUCUUUACACAUACCUAGUUCUACAAGUGCUUGCUCACUAAGGAGUCUGUUUAUACCUUUCUUCACCUAAUUGGUGUUGUUUUGUUCAUCUUUUGUUAUGAUUGACAUUUCAUAUCAUUUUUAUUAUUCUUUUUAUUGACAUUAUAGUUAUUAUGAUGUUAUUAUUGACAAUACUAGUAGUAUUAUUCUUCAGUUUUCAAGGGUAAGAAUAACCAAGUGAGGUUAGAUAGGAAAAGUUAUUGACUCCUUCAUAACUAAGCAUUUCUAGAGCCAUCUAUAUGUAAGCAAAAUUAAACUAAAAUCUCAGUGGAUGUGACAUGUCUAUGUACAUGACCUCCUGGCAUCAACAGGUUAAUUGGCAUUGUUAUAAAAACAGAAUAGUAUAGGAUAGAAAGUCAUAAAAGAUUGCUGACUACUAGUUAUGAGUGCUAUUUUUAGUGGAAUAUGUUUUAUUUAAUUAACUGCUGCAAAUGGAAUUGUAUUGUUACAGGUAACUUCAGUCUUUGUUUGUACAUAUUAUUUAGGCAAAGACAUAUGGUUUUCCUAGGAAUUUUUAUGUACUUCUGAUUUAUAGUUGAAUAUGAGAUGGAGAACUUGAUAGGGAGUUCAGAGUAAAAGUGCCAGCACUGCCAAAAUUAUUUUGUUGCUAUUGUAUAUUUUAUUUUUUAUCUUUGCAGGUUAUAGCAAGAUUGUCCUGCUUUGAAUAUAGAUUUUUCCUAUUUCUAUGUAGGAAUACUUCAUUUUUCUUUUCUUUUCUUUAUUUAGUUGUUAUUAGUUUUAAGCAGUCUGCUAUCUCAUCACAUUAAUUCAUGUAUUAUCUAACAUUAUAUUGGAUUUAUCAGCUUAUUUCCCCUUAUUAAUUCAUAAUGCAUUACUCAAGUGAUGACAGAUGACUUUUUGACUGGGAUUUUGUUUUUCGGUUUUAGAAAAAGAAAUUAUCAUAUUUAAAAAUUUCAAAUAGUGAAAUUUGUAAGAAUGACAGGUAUGUGACAUUGCUAAUUUUUCAUAAUUUCAAGAGUACUUGCUAUAUCAUACUGCAGUUGUAAUAAUGGAUGUGAUUGAAUGGCAAUGGAACUUGAGUAGCUCAGUGAAACAACUGAAUAAUUAUAAUGUAAUGGUGAUAGGUUAAUGUAUGGAAAAAUAAAGUAUUUUAAUGACACCACUUUAAGAAGGAAUAUUUUUUAUGAAUUGUGUAAUAAAAUUUGAAGAUAA